GUCACUGGUGCAAUGAUUCAACUUUUAUCAUAUGGGCCCAUAUUGGUUUCCUUAUAAAGCAUCAUGGAUGGAAAUAACAUUACAUGUCCUCCUUCCUUUUGUAUCUCCGUCGAUAGUUGAAGUAGAGAUACGCACAGUGGAUCAGCAUUUAUGUUGCGCACAUUGGACAAGAUCAUGAAUCGAGAGAGAUUAAGAUCUCGGAUUAAUAGUUGUGUGGUGAGAUGUUACUGCAUCUCAAAGUAAUGUCCGAAGAUCUAGGAUACUUGUACACGAUUACGCACUGGGGACAGCAUGACGCGCAGAGAAGGGAUGUCACGUUCACUCUCGGGCGUUAAAUACCGGUGUUCUGUUGCAGCCCCUCUCCAAAGUGGACCAGUCUCUGCCGUGCGCAUUAUUAUCAAGGAAUUCUUAAACUUUCCAAUAGGCUUAUUUCUAGCUUGAGAUCUCUCCAUCUACAACAUUCGUAAGCUUAGCUAUCCAUAUAGCGCUAUAGGAUGACAGCGACCGGGAUGCUUUGGCAAAGAAAGGACAAUGAACAUCGAUAUCUUUGGAUGUAAUAUUUUAUCAGGUCAAAGGAGAGUUGCAAUUUCUUUUUACAAGAGCUGAAGCUGCAUUAUAAACCUGGUAAAAUAUUCUAUUUCUCCUGAAUGAAAUUCACUUCGAUUGGCGACAGAGGAGGAGAGAAGGACAACGAAAGACAAACAUUUCAAAUAUUCAACAUUGUGUGAAGGACCCCCCGAAUAAACUGCGCAAAGGACUGCUAUUUGGCCAAGACGAAAACAAGGUCCGUUCUGUCAAAAAUCUUCAAGAUGUGACUCAGCUGACUGUAUCUGUUCAAGGUCCUGAAACCCCUGGGCUUGUGGCACCUACUCCACUCCUCAUCUAUCCAGCGUGCUCGCUCUGUCUGUUCCUCCAUCCACCCAUCCAUCCUUCCACUGAAGAGGGGGAUGGACUCCACGGACGGCCCAGGUGGGGGGACCCUGAUGAACGACCUCAAUUUCUCCAGUGGUGUGAGCAUGAUGGAGGGCAUCUCGGUGGAAGGGGGAAACUUCUCCUCCAACUUCUCCGACCAGAGCAUGCCGUUCCAGGGCAGCAGCUCUCUGGUGACGGCCGUGAUCUCCUUCACCGUGUUCCUGGUGGGACUGACGGGCAACACCCUGGCCAUCUACGUGGUGCUGCGCUACGCCAAGAUGAAGACCGUCACCAACAUCUACAUCUUCAACCUGGCCGUGGCCGACGAGCUGUACAUCCUCGGGCUGCCCUUCCUCACCACGCAGAACGUCCUCUCGUACUGGCCCUUCGGCUCCUUCCUCUGCCGCAUGGUCAUGACGGCCGACUCGCUGAACCAGUUCACCAGCAUCUUCUGCCUGACCGUCAUGAGCAUCGACCGCUACCUGGCGGUGGUGCACCCAAUCCGUUCCACCCGGUGGAGGCGUCCGCGCGUGGCCCGGGUGGUGAGCGCCGCCGUCUGGGCCGUGUCCUUCGUGGUGGUGCUGCCGGUGGUGGUGUUCUCCGAUGUUCAGGACACCUUCAACUCGUGCAACAUGAACUGGCCCGAGCCCCACAACGUGUGGUCCACCGCAUUCAUCCUCUACACGGCCACGCUGGGGUUCUUCGGGCCCCUGCUGGUGAUCUGCCUGUGCUACCUGCUCAUCGUGGUCAAGGUGAAGUCGUCCGGCGCGCGGGCCGGCUUCACCAAGCGCCGGCGAUCGGAGCGUAAGGUGACGCGCAUGGUGGUGGUGAUCGUCGUGGUGUUCGUCCUCUGCUGGCUCCCGUUCUUCAUCAUCAACAUCGUCAACCUGGUGAUCAUCCUGCCGGAGAACAGCGCCAUGGCCGGCGUCUACUUCUUCUCCGUCAUCCUCUCCUACGCCAACAGCUGUGCUAAUCCACUGCUCUAUGGCUUCCUGUCUGACAACUUCAGGCAGAGUUUCCGGAAGGUGCUGUGUGUGCGCAAGACCAACGGUGUUGAGGACGGCGACCCAAGCCAACCGCGUACAGAGAAGACCACCACACAUGACACCUUCCUGACGCCUCGCAACAAUGACGUCAAUGGCCAGGUCCAGAGCACUCAGGUGUCUCCUCACUCUCUCAACCCCGGAGCUUCACCGUCUCACCCUGCAGACCUCAGCUUGCACUCUGUUGCCACGCCAACCUCCAGCCAUCAUGACCUCUGACCUCACCCAGCACUUCAGCACCAGUAGGUAGAGAGAGACAGACACUGCGCUUCUUCUUCCCCGCUGCCUGCCUGCCAUGGAAAGUGGCUGAGUGCUGAAGACAGUGGCUGGAAGCAGAAGGAGGUGGGCUGGGAAGAAAGGCUAACCUCAUUUUUAAGACUUUUUUUAUUAUCAAAGAGACAGUGUGGGAAAGGGUUAUCCGACGAGAUGAAAGAUUGCACACUGAGGCACUCACACACACAGAAACACACACUCACACACACUGAGACACACACACACAAACACACACAA